AUAUGUAAAUUUUAUUCUUUAAAUCCUCACUAUUUUUUAUAUAAAAUAAUUUGAAAAUAUUUUCGAUCAAACAUCGUAACACGCAAUAAGAAGAUAAUUGUUAGAGGGAGGAGUACAUCUAUCAUUCAGCUGCCAAAAAGCCCACUAAUGAUUGUAAGUGGUAAAUAAAGCCCACAUGCGCUGGCCCGUCAAGACCAGCAGCAUAGGGCCGUGGCCGAAAAACUAAAGCCCUUCAGAGUUCAGACUCUGUAGCUAGACACGGAGGUUGAAAUACUCGAAUAACGGCGAUACCCGCAGCUCCACCGCGAAAACCCCAUACUCACCGCCGCGCUCCGCCAACAGGCAGCCGCCCUUCUAUACUCUCCGGCGAACCUUUUUCUUCUCCGUGAUGGAGUACGUUAGCCCUGAAGGUCUCCGCCUGGAUGGUCGCCGUCCCCUCGAGAUGAGGCAACUUCGUGCUGAAAUAGGCGUGGUUUCCCGAGCUACUGGUUCUGCUUCCUUUGAAAUGGGUAACACCAAAGUAAUCGCUGCUGUUUAUGGUCCGAGGACGGUUCAAAAUUGGAGCGAACAACUGAAUGACCAAGCUCUGGUUCGUUGCGAGUAUAGUAUGGCUAACUUCAGUACUGGUGAUCGCAUGAGGAAACCAAAGGGCGACAGGAGAUCCACUGAGAUUUCACUAGUUAUUCGUCAAACUAUGGAAGCUUGCAUUUUGACAGAUUUAUAUCCUCGUUCUCAGAUAGACAUUUUUGUCCAAGUCAUCCAAGCAGAUGGAGGAACAAGAUCUGCAUGCAUAAAUGCCGCCACAUUGGCACUUGCAGAUGCAGGGAUUGGAAUGCGAGAUAUUGUUACUUCCUGUAGCGCUGGAUAUCUAAACAAUACCCCUCUUCUUGAUUUAAACUACGUAGAAGACAGUGCUGGUGGCCCUGAUGUCACUGUUGGGCUUUUGCGUAGGUCGGAUAAAGUGACUCUGCUGCAGAUGGAUUCCAAAUUAUCCAUGGACACUCUUGAAAAUGUGAUGCAACUCGCUAUAGAAGGCUGCAAAGCAGUGGCAAACUACAUUCGUCAAAUAUUAUCAGAAAACACCGAAAAAUUGGAAAACCGUUGCAACAGAGGGAAGGACUCGUGAUAUGAAGCUCAAGUCAAAGGGUUUUUGUUUAGGGAAGGACUUGUAAGUAAAGAGUUAAUUCAUCACUAAUGAGUUCUUCAUCUAAUUGCAUUUCUAGAUCAAAUUUUCUACUUUCUCCAAUGUUUAGCCAGCUACUCAUAUGAUAUGCCUCUUUACCCCACCUUUGCUUAGAUUUGUUGCUCCCGUAUUAUUUAUUGUUGGAAGCAUUGAGUUAACCAUCGGUUUUCUGCUUCAUUUUCUUUUGAUUUUUCUUUAUAGGUUUCAUCAUUUUUAUUUGCAUUUUGACGUUAUUUUAGGUGGACUCUCUCCGUUCUGGUCCCUUUCUCCAUGUUCGAUUUGGCAUAAAAACCAAGAUAAAGCUUAAAGUAGAUUUAAAUGUCUCAAAUACCCUUUCAGUGAGUAUGUUAUUUUAUUGAGUAAAUUUCAUAAUUGGUUCUUUAUAAUAGAAGAUUUAAGCUAUU